AUGGCGAUUCACAGUUAUUGGAUCCUGUUCCCCAUCACCAUUGUUAUGAUACUGACAGGUAUCCUUCGUCACUAUGCUACAGUUUUGAUGAACACCCCUCCUAAGCCUGCGUCUACUCUGGCCGAAUCCCGUGAGCGUCUCUCGCUCCUGCGCGGAGUCAAUCUCCGCAACAAUGCUUCAGCAGUCCUCUCUAAAGAUGCGUUUGAAAUGCGCAAGAACUAUCUUGUCUCAGCGUACCAAAGUGGCGAGUUCCUAAAGGACCCGGCCAGCCGCGGUCAACCCCCAGCAAAUCCGAUGACUGACCCUGCGGGCAUGGAGGCUAUGAUGGGUAUGAUGAAGGGAAAUAUGAUGAUGAUGAUCCCGCAGACUCUUAUUAUGAGCUGGAUUAAUGCCUUCUUCUCUGGAUUCGUUAUCCUUAAGCUGCCGUUCCCCCUCACCAUCCGGUUCAAGUCUAUGCUUCAGUCUGGUGUCAUGACUCGGGACUUGGACGUUAGGUGGGUAUCCAGUUUGUCAUGGUACUUCCUCAAUUUGUUUGGUCUUCAGUCUGUGUUCGGGUUCAUCCUGGGUAGCGACAACGCUGCGAAUCACAUGUCCCAACAAAUGGCUACUAUGAACCCUGCCAUGGGUGCCAAUCCCUUCCAGCCUGGCCAAGAUCCCGAUAAAUUGUAUCAAAGUGAAGCAGAGAACUUGGCAGUCAUGGAACAUUUUUGCAUUUUGGAUGGCAUUGAGGACAGAAUACUGCACAAUAUUGCUUCAAAGGAGGGCCUCAUUUGA